CGGUUUAACCGCCACCGCGGGCAGACGAUGCUUCCCUCCAUCCUUUCAAAGUCGAGAAACGCGCCGUCACCCGCCGGACACCGCCGCCGUCUCCGUCGUCUCAUCUCCUCUUCCCUCGGCAGGGCUACAACCCUCCCACCCACCACCGCCAUUGCAGCAACGCCACCUCCAAGCACCAACUGCCACCUCGCUUCUUCCACUCAUUCCUACCACCACUACACCUCCAUCCUCCAAUCCUGCGUCGCCGCUGGUUCCCUGCGCGCAGGCAGGCAGCUCCAUGGCAGGCUCCUCGUCUCGGGCCUCGGCCCCGACACGGUCUUGUCCACCAAGCUCGUCGACCUGUACUCUGCCUGCGGCCAUGUUGGGCAGGCGCGCCGCCUGUUUGACGGAAUGCCCAAGCGGAACGUGUUCCUGUGGAACGUGCUGAUCAGGGCCUACGCGCGGGAGGGGCCCCACGAGGCCGCGGUGCAGCUCUAUUAUGGGAUGGCGGAGCACGGCGUGGAGCCGGAUAACUUCACGUACCCGCUGGUGCUCAAGGCGUGCGCGGCGCUCCUGGACCUGGAGACCGGGAGGGAGGUGCACGAGCGCGUCUCGGGCACGCGGUGGGGCCAGGAUGUGUUUGUGUGCGCCGGUGUUGUUGACAUGUACGCCAAGUGCGGGUGUGUGGAUGAUGCUCGAGCGGUGUUUGAUGGGAUCGCGGUGAGAGACGCUGUCGUGUGGAAUUCGAUGAUUGCUGCAUAUGGGCAGAAUGGGCGACCCAUGGAGGCGCUUUCAUUGUGCCGUGACAUGGCUUCUAAUGGUGUUGGGCCCACAAUCGCUACUCUGGUGAGUACAAUAUCAGCGGCGGCUGAUGCCGCUGCUCUGCCUAGAGGGAGAGAGCUGCAUGGGUUUGGUUGGAGGAGGGGAUUUGGGCGGCAGGAUAAGCUGAAAACUUCCCUUCUGGACAUGUAUGCCAAGAGUGGGUGGGUGCAGGUGGCUCGUGUUCUCUUUGAGCAACUUAUGAAGAGGGAACUUGUUUCUUGGAAUGCCAUGAUAUGUGGAUACGGGAUGCAUGGCCAUGCUGACGAAGCACUUGAACUGUUUAACAAAAUGAGGGGAGAUGCUCAAGUGACUCCUGACAACAUCACUUUUGUUGGGGUUUUAUCUGCCUGCAACCAUGGAGGGAUGGUAGAAGAAGCAAGAGAGUUCUUUGGUCUGAUGGUUGAUGUGUACUCCAUCAAGCCAACAGUGCAGCAUUACACUUGCCUUGUAGAUGUUCUUGGUCACACCGGUAGGUUUGAGGAAGCAUAUGACCUUAUUAAAGGAAUGUCUAUCAAACCAGAUUCAGGAAUAUGGGGGGCACUUCUCAAUGGUUGUAAGAUCCACAAAAAUGUUGAACUAGGUGAGCUAGCCCUGCAGAAGUUGAUUGAGCUCGAGCCUGAAGAUGCUGGUAAUUAUGUCCAUCUAUCAAAUAUCUAUGCUCAGUCUGGGAAAUGGGAAAAUGCUGCAAGGGUGAGAAAGCUAAUGACCAAUAGAGGCCUGAAAAAAAUCCUCGCUUGCAGUUGGAUUGAGUUGAAAGGAAAAACUCAUGGAUUUCUAGUUGGGGAUGCAUCUCAUCCUAGAUCAGAUGAAAUAUAUGAAGAGCUAGAGAGAUUGGAAGGUCUCAUGAGUGAUGCUGGCUACGUGCCUGACACAAUGCCAGUUUUCCACAAUGUGGAUGAUGAUGAAAAGAGGAAUAUGGUGAGAAGCCACAGUGAGAGGUUGGCCAUUGCGUUUGGGCUCAUUAGUACACCUCCUGGGACAAAGCUUCUUGUGACUAAGAAUCUUCGAGUUUGCGAGGACUGUCAUGUUGUUAUCAAACUGAUUUCACAGAUUGUGCAGCGUGAGAUCAUCAUAAGAGAUGUUAACCGCUACCAUCACUUUGUAAAUGGUGAAUGCUCUUGCAAAGACUACUGGUAGCUU